AUGAUUUCUAAUUUAGCUACAACUGGGAAAAUUGAGAAUCAAAGUGAUACCUCAGAAUCUUCUGAUUCUGGUAGCAGUUUAUUUAAAACUCAGUAUGGUCCUUCCUUACCUACGGAGAGGCAAGAAAAGCCUCUGAGGAAAUUUGUUUGUUUACCGAAAAAUGUUCAGACAAUAGAUUCAAGCGAUUCUGAUUGGGAACCCAGACCUUUGACAUUAAAAGCUGUGUUUGAGAGAUUUAAGCAAAGGAAACGUAAGAAAAAGAAGAAGAAAUACAAACCAACAGGAAGACCCAAGGGAAGACCCAACGGGAGCAAGAACAGGAGUACUAAGCGUUCACAGAUAGAUAAAAACCAGUUUAAAGACAGAGGACCUGAAUUCUCAUUUUUAGACUCUGAGAAUGGAAGAAACCCAAUCCCUUGGAAAAAAAUUUUAACUUUUGAGCAAGCUGUUGCUAGAGGGUUUUUCAAGUACAUUGAAAAAUUAAAGUAUGAACACCACCUCAAGGAAUCUUUGAAGCAGAUGAAUGUUGCUGAAGAUUUAGAAAAAGAUGACCUUGAUAGUCGUGCCUAUAAGUACUUAGAUGAUGAUGGAUCCAUAUCUCCUAUUGAAGAAUCAGUGGUCGGGGAUGAGGAUGGGACCGAAGUUAAACACUGUGAUGAAUGUGAUAUUAAAUUGGUGGGGGAGAAUGAUUUCAUACUAAGUUGUGACUUUCCGAAGAAGAGGAAGAGAAAUUUAUUAGAUGGUGAAAAUGUUAAACGUAGAAAGAAAUUUAAAGGCAAAAAAAUGGGGCAAAAUGGACAGAACUGA